GGCACGGUUAUGUCACUUAAUCCAUCUGCUCCCUUGAUUUGUGCUUCUAAUGUUUCGAUUUAUGAAGCUGCACAGCGCAUGAUUGCGGCGAAGGAGAAUCACGUCCUCGUGGUAGACGAGAAUGAGGAACUACUGGGAAUAUUGACUACUAAGGAUAUAGCAUUCAGAGUUGUUGGGUCAAAUUUGAACAUCAAAUCUACAACAGUGAAAAAAAUCAUGACUUCUAAUCCAAUGUGUGCCAAAGUAGCAACAAAGGCAUCCGACGCUUUGAGUUUAAUGGUUAUCAAACAUUUCAGACAUCUACCGGUCGUCAACGAGGAUAAUCAGAUUGUCGGUGUGUUAGACAUUACCAAAUGCUACAAUGAGGCAAUGAAACGGUUGGAGAAGUUGUACCAGGAUUCCAAGAAAUUGUAUGAUGCCAUGGAAACAGUAAAUAAGGAAUUGGGCAACAGCGGCUAUGGGAGACGACAACAUACCUACAUCAUAACAUACUUUGAAAAUUUGAAAAGAAUAUUGAGUGGGCCUACGCUAAGCCAAUUGCUAAAUGAUGAGAGCACUCUCCCUGUUUAUUGUUCUGUGGAUUCAAGUGCUUAUGAUGCUGCCAUGUUGAUGAAGUUGAAAAAAACAACUGCUAUUCUGGUCAGAGAUCUAAAGGAAGAAACUGUUGGUAUUUUUACAUCAAAAGAUGUUGUAUCAAGGGUGAUAGCUAAAGGAAUGGAUCCGACUGAUUGUACAGUAGAAUCGGUGAUGACUGUUCACCCCGCAACUGCUCCAACUACGAUGUCAAUCAAUGAGGCCUUGAAACAAAUGUUUGAAGGUAAAUACUUGAACUUGCCAGUGCUUGACGAAAAAACCAAGGACAUUGUAGGAGUUGUUGAUGUCAUCAGGCUAACUAACUUUACAUUGAACCAAAUUCAAACAAUGGAGUCUUUCAACGAAGACGAAGAAGAUGCAGAUGACGAGGAGCUAUUCGACUCUAUUGGAGAAAAUGAUUUCAGCAAAUUUCUACAAACAUUACCAAAUGAAAACGAAGAAUAUGGAUAUGACUCAUCUGCAAGUGACAUCUCAGUCGACGAGCUCGCCCAAUUUGACUUAUCUACAAUGUCUAAUGAUACCAAUACAGUAUGCAGUAGGAAUAUCGAAGGGCCUAAGCGAAUGUCGUCGAUAAUGUCUUUGGGGCCUAUCAACUAUAAUGACGUUUGCUUUUUCAAAUUCAAGGUUUCCAGAGGAAGAAUACAUCGGGUUAGUUACAGACCAAGUGAUGGUAUUGACAAGUUCAAGGAGCUACUUAAGGAAGAGUUCAUGAAGGAAGAGCUGGACAUGUUUGACCAAGGCAUCUUUGAAAUCUCUUAUUUAGACGAAGAUGGUGAUAUAAUUGUCAUAAACACCGAUAAAGAUUUGAAAGACUGUGUGUUGUUGAUGAAAAGCUUGCAGAAGGAUAAGAUUGAAAUAAUGUUGUAUGACAAACAUGAAGUUUUAGUAGGGAAAAAAGGCAAGAUGAGCACGCUGAACUUAAGAUCGAGUUACAACAAGAAGAGGGGGACCGAAAAUACAGGGAAGGACUAUAUGUUACCCGCUGCAAUUUUCACGUUGGCUGCCACCAUCGUGGUUGUGUUUACUCUGUCAAGACAA